AUGCACAGCUCCCAAUCUCUGCCUCUGAUCUGCCAUUCUAAAUCACUCUCCUCCCAGGACGGGAUCUUUGAUGAAGCAGUGAUCUGUGUCUGUCUGGGACUGGCCUAUGGGUACUGGUCAAAAGUAGUGCACUAUAUAGGGAAUAGGGUACCAUUUGGGAUGCAGACUGGCCAUGCUAAAAGCAUCCCUCGUAAAACAUUACAUCUGUCAUGUCUACCAGCCGAUGGGUCACAGCUAAGAAUAGGCCUCGUCCCUCGCCUCGUCCCUUGCCUGAUAAAGAUAAUGACCUUCCCCUUUUUAAUUCGCUGUACUGAAAUACACAUAGUUAAUCUCACCCCCCCCCCCUCUCUCCCUCUCUCUCUCUCUCUAUCUAUCCAUCUCUUUCUCCUCUCGCUGUCUGUCCAUCCAUCUGUAAUGCAGAGUAGAUUGAUAGAGGACAAGGAUGUCUUGGCUAACUCCCGGAGGUAAUAUUGUCUCUCUCUCGUCAUUACGUCCCCUAAUGAAAACACUUGCCAACUCUGUGGGCACCUCAGUACUGCUGCCCUCUGCUCCAACCUCUCCUCUUCUAUGUGUGUAUGUGUCUUUCGGAGGGGCUGGGAUAGAGCAGAAGUCAAAUUUCAGUUGGACCUUAUGUACAAUUGGACGAUAAAGUAAUGUUCUCCUUCCUUUCACCGCAUAGUCCUUGCCUCUCAACACACAUAUCUUCACCCCUACACAUCAUCCUUAACCUUCUGUGUGCAGAGAGUGCAUCGGCCCGGCCGGCCAUCCAUCUCCACAAGGUUGAGCUGGCCACGGUGGAGAGCAGCGGCCGCUAGCCCAGAGAGGCUCACCCUGAGUGGAGCGGAGAAUAAGGAAGGGCCUGGUGAUGGUAGGUGGAGGCUGGGGGAAGCUGGAGGACUGUGCUGAAGGUACCUGGCAAACAUAAAUAUUGUCUGCAUUUAAAUGGCACCCUAUUCCCUAUAUCGUACACUACUGUUGACCAGGGUCCAUCAGCCUUUAUUCUCGGAUAUCCCUGACAGGUCUGGGGAGGAUGUCAGCUUCUCUCUGACAUUUCGAAAAUGGAGGGAAUAUUUUUCCAGGGAGGCUCCUCAACUCUCCCAGCAAAUCACGAGUUUGGGUAGGCGGGCUUCAAAUGCGGAUGGGAAUUGUGCUCAUGUUUAGCUAGGGUUACAAACGGAUACGGCAGUGACGUUACCGGUGAUGCGCUUCCCAUUUCCGACUCGUCUUCUCUGUCCCAAAUGAUGCCGGAACACGAACAUAUGUUUUAACCUAGAGCAUUGAUACAUUGCCGGAAGCAAACCGUCUGUCUAGAGAGACAAAUCGGGCUCUGGUCAAAAGUAGUGCACUGUAUGGAGAAUAGGGUGCCAUUAGGGACACAGACAUAAAUGUAUUGUCUCAGCUCAGAGAGGGCUGGGUGUGAUGAGGUGGUGUUGAGGGAGUCAGGCGCAGGAGGGUAAAUCACAGAAUAACAGGCUUUAAUCCGCAAAAUACAGGUUUACGCAAAACUGCGUCAAACACACUCCAGGGCACAAAACAGGCGCACUGGAAAAUACAAGGCACACGGGAAAAUACUCCCGUCUAACAAAAUACACGAGCUCCGCCGAGCUUCACUUACCUUCACCAUAAACAAUCACCCACAAGGACAAGGGGGCAGAGGGAACACUUAUACACAGACUAAUUAGGGGAUUGAAACCAGGUGUGUGUGAUAACGAGACAAGACAAUUGUGAUGAUGAUUGGGCCGGCAGUGGUUAGUACUCCGGUGACGACGAACACCGAAGCCUGCCCGAACAAGGAGGGGAGGCAGCCUCGGCCGAAGUCAUGACACUGGGAGAGGGGUGACAGAAUCAGGAUUUAUUGACAAGGUGAACUGGGUGUGUAGUGAUGGUAACUCAAAAGCUCAAUAUACACUUGCAAAUUUCAACAGAGCGAUACACACAGACACACACACACAAACCUCCACACAUUGGCUGCAGAUUUUAGUAUUAAGCCCUAAAAAAGAGAAUAUUAGGAUCACAUUUGGUUAUGCACAAAUUAGCAUUCUCAUUGGACAAAUUCAGAUGCAUUCAUUCACCCCACCUCCACCACCGCAUGUUCAAAACAUUCUCUCUUGCUUGAUGACUAAUGGAUGAGAGUUGGCUGUUGACCAGAGUUGGCUGUUGACCAGAGUUGGCUGUUGACCAGAGUUGGCUGUUGACCAGAGUUGGCUGUUGACGGCUGAUGACCAGAGUUGGCCGUUGACCAGAGUUGGCCGUUGAUCAGAGUUGGCUGUUGACCAGAAUUGGCUGGAGUCUUUGACAAUUUUUUGGGCUUUUCUCUGACACCGCCUAGUAUAUAUGUCCUGGAUGGCAGGAAACUUGGCCCCAGUGAUGUACUGAGCCGUACGCACUACCCUCUGUAGUACCUUAUGGUCAGAUGCCGAGCAGUUGCCAUACCAGGCGGUGAUGCAACCGGUCAGGAUGCUCUCGAUGGUGCAGCUGUAGAACUUUUUGAGGAUCUGGAGACCCAUGCCAAAUCUUUUCAGUCUCCUGAGGGGGAAAAGGUGUUGUCAUGCCCUCUUCACAACUGUCUUGGUGUGUUUGGACCAUGAGUGUUCGUUGGUGAUGUGGACUCCAAGGAACUUGAAACUCUCGACCCGCUCCACUACAGCCCCGUUGAUGUUAAUUGGGGCUUGUUCGGCCUGCCUUUUCCUGUAGUCCUCCUUUGUCUUGCUCACAUUGAGGGAGAGGUUGUUGUCCUGGCACCACACGGCCAGGUGUCUGACCUCCUCCCUAUAGGCUGUCUCAUCAUUGUCGGUGAUCAGGCCUACCACUGUUGUGUCGUCAGCAAACUUAAUGAUGGUGUUGGAGUCGUGUUUGGCCACGCAGUCGUAGGUGAACAGGGAGGACAGGAGGGGACUAAGCACGCACCCCUGGGGGGCCCCAGUGUUGAGGAUCAGCGUGGCAGAUGUGUUGUUGCCUACCCUUACCACCUGGGGGCGGCCCGUCAGGAAGUCCAGGAUCCAGUUGCAGAGGGAGGUGUUUAGUCCCAGGGUCCUUAGCUUAGUGAUGAGCUUUGUGGGCACUAUGGUGAUUAACGCUGAGCUGUAGUCAAUGAACAACAUUCUCACAUAGGUGUUCCUUUUGUCCAGGUGGGAAAGGGCAGUGUGGAGUGCGAUUGAGAUUGCGUCAUCUGUGGAUCUGUUGGGGCGGUCUGCAAAUUGGAGUGGGUUUAGGGUAUCCGGGAUGAUGCUGUUGAUGUGAGCCAUGACCAGCCUUUCAAAGCACUUCAUGGCUACAGACGUGAGUGCUACAGGGCAGUAGUUAUUUAGGCAGGUUACCUUAGUGUUCUUGGGCACAGGGACUAUGGUGGUCUGCUUGAAACGUAGGUAUUACAGACUUGGUCAGGGAGAGGUUGACAAUGUCAGUGAAGACAUCUCUCUCUCAUUGGCAGUUUUCUUCCCAAGGUGUCACUGAUACCCUCUCUCUUCAUUAUAAGUGGUUGCCUGCCACCCUGGCUUCAAUAGCUGUGUGUGUGUGUGUGUGUGUGUGUGUGUGUGUGUGUGUGUGUGCUGGGGGUUACUUCAAUCCUUGUGGGGACCUAAAAUCCCCCACGGGGAUAGAAGAACAUAACGUGUGUGUGUGUGUGUGUGUGUGUUCAAUAGCAGUCAAUAGGACAAACAGCGGACACAAGGCUAUCAGAUUCAAACCAUUAUGUAACAGUAGACAAACACACACACACACACUUGGGUUCACAUUUAGUAUCAGCUGCCAUUUGAUAUUUCCAAACCGUCUUUGACCAUGUUUCAGUGUUAGCUUGUUGUGUGACUGGGGAUCAGGCAAUAUGACAGUUACACUUUUACACUUUACCUGAACACCCUGUCAAGGGCUUUAUAACACUGUCAUAAGGGCUUCAUAACACUGUCAUAAGGGCUUUAUAAAACGGUCAUAAGGGCUUCAUAACACUGUCAUAAGGGCUUUAUAAAACGGUCAUAAGGGCUUUAGAACACUGUCAUAAGAGCUUUAUAACACAAGGGCUUUAUAACACUGUCAUAAGGGCUUUAUAACACUGUCAUAAGGGCUUUAUAACACAGUCAUAAGGGCUUUAUAACACUGUCACAAGAGCUCAAUAACCCUGUUAUGACAUGACUGACAUGACUGGCAGACAGCUGAUGUUAUUGAGCUGUGAGCCACCUAAAGCUUUUGGAUGGUUCUUGUAACCUCUAAUGUAAACUAAACCAUGUCUCUAGCCAGAACCCUGCUUUUGAGCCACAACCCAAAAGGUCUUAAUGGCCCAAUGCAGCCAUUUUUUAUAUCAAUGUCAAAACAUUUCUGAUUUAACAAUUAAGUACCUUAUUGUAGUAGAUUUCCAUUAAAAUGGGCAAAAAAAGCUUUUUAGCCAAAAACUUCUCAAGAAAGAAUUUUGCUAGGAGUGCUGGGAGUGGUCUGAGUGGGAGGGGAAAACAGAAACGAUCUGUUAUUGGCAAAGAGGUUUGGAACUCUCUUCGUUAUUCGUCUAUUAAUCAAUUUACCGCAUGGUGAUGUCACCAUGGAAAGCCAAAACUUGGUGAUUAGAAGGUCCUGUGUAGAUCGUAUUUUCAACCAGAAACUAUCAGGAAAUAACACUAAUCCAUUUUUCUUUCUCACACUUUUACAGUGUUAGUUUCAUCAGCUGUUGUACAAUAUGAUAUGAAACACAGGAAAAAAAUUGAUAUUUGUUUUGCGCUGGGCCUUUAACGCUCCAAGAUUACUGAACACACCAUUUGGAAAAAACUGCUCUAAAGAAAUCAGAAACCAACAAAGCUGACGCUAUUUGCCCUUGUGUAGCCUUGACGACCUGUUAUGGCAUGAGUCCAUUCAUUCCUUUGACAGCUUUAUGCACAGUACAGCACAGUACAGUACAAGUGACUGCUCUGACCGGGUGCCUCUGCCUUGUGAGGAUGUGGUCGAGUCCCAAAUGCCAUUAGGUUGCCUUUUUUUGGAUGUAGCCAGUGACUGCCCUGGCUGGUGGAAAAUUGGCCUAGUGAGGCUGUGUGUGCUUCCCUAAAGGGCGAUGGUCAAAAGUAGUGCACUGUACAGGGGAUAGAAAUAGGGUACCAUUUGGGACACAGCCAGUGCCUGCUCUGACCGGGAGCCUUGUGUGGCCGGGGCUGGUGCUGUGUACUGUAGUAUAUAGUACUGUAACGUGACAUAAGGAUCCGUAACUGCUCUGACUGGAUGCCAUAGCCUUACGAGGCUGGCCGGGGCUGGUGACUGUGUACUGUAGUAUAUAGUACUGUAACGUGACAUAAGGAUCCGUAACUGCUCUGACUGGAUGCCAUAGCCUUACGAGGCUGGCCGGGGCUGGUGACUGUGUACUGUAGUAUAUAGUACUGUAACGUGACAUAAGGAUCCGUAACUGCUCUGACUGGAUGCCAUAGCCUUACGAGGCUGGCUGGGGCUGGUGCUGUGUACUGUAGUAUAUAGUACUGUAACGUGACAUAAGGAUCCGUAACUGCUCUGACUGGAUGCCAUAGCCUUACGAGGCUGGCUGGGGCUGGUGACUGUGUACUGUAGUAUAUAGUACUGUAACGUGACAUAAGGAUCCGUAACUGCUCUGACUGGAUGCCAUAGCCUUAUGAGGCUGGCUGGGGCUGGUGACUGUGUACUGUAGUAUAUAGUACUGUAACGUGACAUAAGGAUCCGUAACUGCUCUGACUGGAUGCCAUAGCCUUAUGAGGCUGGCUGGGGCUGGUGACUGUGUUUCUCUGGCCACAGCCCACUCCAUUACAACCCAGCUAAAUGACUAACUAUUGAUGGUGAGACAGACAACACAAACCACCUCUGACCGUAUCCCUUGCCCUGUUGCCCUGUUACUCUGUUGUCCUGUUGCCCUGUUGUCCUGUUGCCUUGUUAUCCUGUUGCCCUGUUGCCCUGUUGUCCUGUUACUCUGUUGUCCUGUUGCCCUGUUGUCCUGUUGCCUUGUUAUCCUGUUGUCCUGUUGCCCUGUUGCCCUGUUACUCUGUUGUCCUGUUGUCCUGUUGUCCUGUUGCCCUGUUGCCCUGUUGUCCUGUUGCCCUGUUGUCCUGUUGCCUUGUUAUCCUGUUGCCCUGUUGCCCUGUUGUCCUGUUACUCUGUUGUCCUGUUGCCCUGUUGUCCUGUUGCCUUGUUAUCCUGUUGUCCUGUUGCCCUGUUGCCCUGUUACUCUGUUGUCCUGUUGUCAUGUUGCCCUGUUGCCCUGUUGUCCUGUUAUCCUGUUGCCCUGUUGCCCUGUUACUCUGUUGCCCUGUUGCCCUGUUGUCCUGUUGCCCUGUUGUCCUGUUAUCCUGUUGCCCUGUUGCCCUGUUACUCUGUUGCCCUGUUGCCUUGUUAUCCUGUUGUCCUGUUACCCUGUUGCCCUGUUACUCUGUUGCCCUGUUACUCUGUUGCCCUGUUGUCCUGUUACCCUGUUGCCCUGUUACCACCCUGUUGCCAAGUUGCCCUGUUGUGCUGUUGCCCUGUUGCCCAGUUGUCCUGUUGCCCAGUUACCCUGUUUCCCUGUUACCAGGGCAACAAGGCAACAGGACAGGGCCCACUCCUCCACCCCUUGGCUCCUCUUCCUCAACCAUUCCUCCACUCCUCCUCCACUCCUCUUCCUCUACUCCUCCUCCACUCCUCUUCCCCCACCCCUCCUCCACCCCACCUCCACUCCUCUUCCCCCACCCCUCCUCCACUCCUCCUCCCAAUCCUCCUCCACUCUUCCUCCCAUUCCUCCUCUCCUCCUCCUCCUCCACUCCUCAUCAUCCUUCACUCCUCCUCCUUCACUCCUCUUCCCCCCCCCCUCCUCCACCCCACCUCCAAUCCUCUUCCUUGACCCCUCCUCCACUCCUCCUCCCAAUCCUCUUUUCUCCUCCACAUCCUUCACUCCUCCUCCUUCACUCCUCCUCCUCCACCCCUCCACUCCUCCUCUGCCACUUCUCCUCCACUUAUUCCUCUCCUCCUCCACCCCUCCAUCACCCCUCCACCACCCCUCGGCUCCUCUUCCUCAAACUCUCCUCCAUCCCUCCCCCACUCCUCUUCCUUGAUAGAUCCUGGUUCGAAUCCAGGCUCUGUCGCAGCCGGCCGCUACCGGGAGACUCAUGGGCGGCGCACAAUUGGCCCAGCGUCGUCCAGGGUAGGGGAGGGAAUGGCCGGCAGGGAUGUAGCUCAGUUGAUAGAGCAUGGCGUUUGCAACGCCAGGGUUGUGAGUUUGAUUCCCAAGGGGGGCCAGUAUAAAAAAAUAAAUAUGUAUUCACUAACUGUAAGUCGCUCUGGAUAAGAGCGUCUGCUAAAUGACUAAAAUGUAAAUGUAAAUAUCUCCUCCACUCCUCCACUCCCCCUCCUCCACCCCUCCUCCACUCCUCCUCCACUCCCCCUCCUCCACACCUACUCCACCCUCCUCCACUCCUCUCCUCCUCCUCCUCCACUCCUCAUCAUCCUUCACUCCUCCUCCUUCACUCCUCUUCCCCCACCCCUCCUCCACCCAACCUCCACUCCUCUUCCUUGACCCCUCCUCCACUCCUCCUCCCAAUCCUCUUUUCUCCUCCACAUCCUUCACUCCUCCUCCUUCACUCCUCCUCCUCCACCCCUCCACUCCUCCUCUGCCACUUCUCCUCCACUCAGUCCUCUCCUCCUCCACCCCUCGGCUCCUCUUCCUCAAACCCUCCUCCAUCCCUCCCCCACUCCUCUUCCUUGAUAUCUCCUCCACCUCUCCACUCCACUCCUCCACUCCCCCCCACCACCCCCCUCCUCCACUCCUCCUCCACUCCCCUCCUCCACUUCUGCUCCACUCCUCCUCCUCCACUCCCCCUCCUCCACGCCUCCUCCUCCACUCCUCCACACCUGUUCCAUUCCUCCUCCUCCACUCCUCCUCCACUCCCCUCCUCCACACCUGCUCCACUACUCCUCCUCCACGCCUCUUCCUCCACUCCUCCUCCUCCACUCCCCCUCCUCCACUCCUCCUCUUCCUCCACUCCUCCUCCUCCACUCCUCCUCCACUCCUCCUUCACUCCACUUCCUCCACUCUUCCUUUCCCAUCAUUUAUUCAGUUGGUGGAGUAGUGUUUAAGGAGUAGUGUUUAAGGAGAUUUGGCUGUCCCCAUAGGAGAACCCUUUUUUGGUUCCAGGUAGAACCCUUUUUGGUUCCAGGUAAAAACCCUUUUUGGUAAAGGGUUUGGGGAGUGGAGCAGGAGUGGAGGAGGGGAGUGGAGGAGGAGUGGAGGAGGAGGAGUGGAGCAGGUGUGGAGGAGGGGGAGUGGAGGAGGAGUGGAGGAGGGGGAGUGGAGAGGUGGAGGAGGGGUCAAGGAAGAGGAGUGGAGGAGGGUUUGAGGAAGAGGAGCCGAGGGGUGGAGGAGGAGAGGACUAAGUGGAGGAGAAGUGGCAGAGUAGGAGUGGAGGGGUGGAGGAGGAGGAGUGAAGGAGGAGAACCCUUUUGGGUUCCAGGUAGGACCCUCUGUGGAAAGAGUUCUACAUGGAACCCAAAAGGGUUCUACUUGGAACCAAAGGGUUCUACCUGGAACCAAAAAGGGUUAUUCAAAAGGUUCUCCUAUGGGGACAGCCGAAUAACCAUUUUAGGUUCAAGGUAGAACCUUUUUUUCUAAGAGUGUACAGUUACUAGAAGAGCUAGAGGGAGGUGUGUGUGGGUGGGUGUCUAGGUAGGUAGAUUCAACAUUAUUUCUCAUCUAAAAACUAACUGCAUACUGUGCCUGUUCAUCUUAAAAUUGUACUGCUUCUGUUAAACGGAUGGAAGUUGAAAACCUUCUGAGAUUCACAAUGAAUCAAACUGAUUAGAUUUCAUUUUUUUCUCCUGUCUGGGCUGUGGCCCUACACAGUGGGGGAGAGGGAUGCACACACACACACACACACACACACACACACACACACACACACACACACACACACACACACACACACACACACACACACACACACACACACACACACACACACACACACACACACACACACACACACACACACACACACACACACACACACACACACACACACACACACACACACACACACACACACACACACACACACACACACACUGAUGGAUGAAUGUCUCAGAGCUAUAGAUAUAUACUGAAUGUACAAAACAUUAGGAACACAUGCUCUUUCCAUGAUAAAGACUGACCAGGGGAAUCCUGGUGAAAGCUAUGAUCCCUUUUUGAUGUCACUUGUUAAAUCCACUUCAAUCAGUGUAGAUGAAGGGGAGGAGACUGGUUAAAUUAUGAUUUUAAGCCUUGAGACAAUUGAGACAUGGAUUGUGCAGAUGUGUCAUUCAGAGGGUGAAUGGGCAAGACAAAAUAUUGAAGUGUCUUUGAACGAGGUAUGGUAGUAGGUGCCAGGCGCAUCGGUUUGAGUGUGUCAAGAACUGCAACGCUGCUGGGUUUUUCAUGCUCAACAGUUUCCCGUGUGUAUCAAGAAUGGUCCACCACCCAAAGGACAUCCAGCCAGCGGCAGGCCAGUGGUCGAAAACGGGUCAUUUGAUGAAAGAGGACAAAGUAGGCUGACACGAAUUGUGCAGAGCAACAGACGGGCUACAAUUAGUCAACUGCCAGUCCAGUACAACAUUGGUGCCCAAAGAUCCAUAAAAGAAUGCACAACUCGUCGUAUCUUGACACAAAUGGGGUAUGGCAGCCGACAACCUUACAGAGUUCAACUUCUUUCAGCAAAAAACAAGAAACUGUGGUUACAGCAGCCUCUGGCACCAGAUGCAGAUGUUCACACCCAUCUGCCAUCCCUGUCCACAAUGCUGUAGCAAAACCAAAAUCUACUUGAAGGUAAGAGCUCUCACUGUUGCCCCUAGUGGCCGGUUUCCACGUCAUCACCUGACGUCCUCAGACAUGGAUGAACGUCGAAUACUGACUUGUAUCACGGGUGACCUGGCUGCAAUAUUAGGAAGGUGAACUUAAUCUAUUGAACACCGAAGAAGAGCUCUAUAAACCUGUGUGUGUCAGAUGACGUGUGUCACUGUAUGUGUGUGUGUGUGUGUGCGUCUUUGCUUGCCUGUCUGUGUGUACGUCUUUGCGUUCCUGUAUGUAUGUGUGUGUGUGUGGGUACGUGCAUACGUGUGUGUGUAUGUGUGAAGGACAACUUAAUAAUUCCCAAUGACACACUGUGGUUGCACUCAAGAUAAAAAAUCUAUACCGGUACAUGGAGCAACUCCAGGGUUCAAUCUCCAUGUCCACCCUUCUCACUGGUUCUCCCAAUUGCCUGUCUCCCCACUUACAUUUUUAAUGUGUAAAUAAGUUGUUAAAACAUUUAAAAAUAUAUAUAUUUAAAAAUAACAGCAGUAGCACAGAGAUAGCAGACAUACAGUGAGGGAAAAAAGUAUUUGAUCCCCUGCUGAUUUUGUACGUUUGCCCACUGACAAAGAAAUGAUCUGUCUAUAAUUUUAAUGGUAGGUUUAUAUGAACAGUGAGAGACAGAAUAACAACAAAAAAAUCCAGAAAAACGCAUGUCAAAAAUUUUAAAAAUUGAUUUGCAUUUUAAUGAGGGAAAUAGGUAUUUGACCCCCUCUCAAUCAGAAAGAUUUCUGGCUCCCAGGUGUCUUUUAUACAGGUAACGAGCUGAGAUUAGGAGCACACUCUUAAAGGGAGUGCUCCUAAUCUCAGUUUGUUACCUGUAUAAAAGACACCUGUCCACAAAAGCAAUCAAUCAAUCAGAUUCCAAACUCUCCACCAUGGCCAAGACCAAAGAGCUCUCCAAGGAUGUCAGGGACAAGAUUGUAGACCUACACAAGGCUGGAAUGGGCUACAAGACCAUCGCCAAGCAGCUUGGUGAGAAGGUGACAACAGUUGGUGCGAUUAUUUGCAAAUGGAAGAAACACAAAAGAACUGUCAAUCUCCCUCGGCCUGGUGCUCCAUGCAAGAUCUCACCUCGUGGAGUUGCAAUGAUCAUGAGAUCAGUGAGGAAUUAGCCCAGAACUACACGGGAGGAUUUUGUCAAUGAUCUCAAGGCAGCUGGGACCAUAGUCGCCAAGAAAACAAUUGGUAACACACUACGCCGUGAAGGACUGAAAUCCUGCAGCGCUCGCAAGGUCCCCCUGCUCACGAAAGCACAUAUACAGGGUCGCCUGAAGUUUGCCAAUGAAUAUCUGAAUGUUUCAGAGGAGAACUGGGUGAAAGUGUUGUGGUCAGAUGAGACCAAAAUCAAGCUCUUUGGCAUCAACUCAACUCGCCGUGUUUGGAGGAGGAGUAAUGCUGCCUAUGACCCCAAGAACACCAUCCCCACCGUCAAACAUGGAGGUGGAAACAUUAUGCUUUGGGGGUGUUUUUCUGCUAAGGGGACAGGACAACUUCACCACAUCAAAGGGACAAUGGACGGGGCCAUGUACCGUCAAAUCUUGGGUGAGAACCUCCUUCCCUCAGCCAUGGCAUUGAAAAUGGGUCGUGGAUGGGUAUUCCAGCAUGACAAUGACCCAAAGUACACGGCCAAGGCAACAAAGGAGUGGCUCAAGAAGAGGCACAUUAAGGUCCUGGAGUGGCCUAGCCAGUCUCCAGACCUUAAUCCCAUAGAAAAUCUGUGGAGGGAGCUGAAGGUUCGAGUUGCCAAACGUCAGCCUCGAAACCUUAAUAACUUGGAGAAGAGUGGAACAAAAUCUCUGCUGAGAUGUGUGCAAACCUGGUGGCCAACUACAAGAAACGUCUGACCUCUGUGAUUGCCAACAAGGGUUUUGCCACCAAGUACUAAAUCAUGUUUUGCAGAGGGGUCAAAUACUUAUUUCCCUCAUUAAAAUGCAAAUCAAUUUAUAACAUUUUUGACAUGCGUUUUUCUGGAUUUUGUUGUUGUUAUUCUGUCUCUCACUGUUCAAAUAAACCUACCAUUAAAAGUAUAGACUGAUCAUGUCUUUGUCAUUGGGCAAACGUACACAUUAUCAGCAGGGGAUCAAAUACUUUUUUCCCUCACUGUACAUGCUCUCACACCCACAAUGUCUAAAGAUAUAACUGUAGAGACGUUAUGUAGAGUAGUCUGCUAAAUGACAAAAAUGUAAAUGUAAAUGUAGUUGAAAGACAUAAUUGUCAGGGAUGGAGGGAUGCAGGGAGAGAGGGAUGCAGGGAGAGAGGGAUGUAGGGAGAGAGAAUUGUAGGGAGAGAGGGAUGGAGGGAUGGAGGGAUGCAGGGAGAGAGGGAUGGAGGGAUGGAGGGAUGGAGGGAAGGGUUUUGUAGAGUAGUUGAAAGAAAUACGUGUGUAUUGGGUCAUAAAGAUGGAUUUAAUGUUUCAGAAUCUGCAGUUUAUGUUGAGUCAUUCAGUAGUGAGCUCUAACCCCUAUCUCUCUCUCUCUCUCUCUCUCUCUCUCUCUCUCUCUCUCUCUCUCUCUCUCUCUCUCUCUCUGUGUCUCUCUCUCUCUCUCUCUCUCUGUGUCUCUCUCUCUCUCUCUCUCUCUCUCUGUGUGUGUCUCUCUCUCCCUCUCUCUCCCCCCCUCUCUCUCUCUCUCUCCUGCCCACACUAACUCUGCUAUAUAUGGUGAGAACCCCAGGCCUGACAGGGUGGGGGCUCUGAGUGUUAGAUGGUGACUCAGCCUCCUGUUUACCACUAAUCCAUCAGCCAGAGGGAGAGGUUGACGGAGAGGUGAAGGGAGAGUGGGAGCUGUUAUAAAACAGAGAGGUAAAGAGGGGGGAGAGCUGUACUCACAAUACACACACAUUCUAUGAAACACACAGACACAGAUACAGACACACACACAAACACACACACACACACACAGACGUGAUACAUGUCAGUAUUCGACGUCCAUCCAUGUGUGAAGACGUCGGGAGAUAACUUGGAAACCGGCCACUAGGGGCAACAGUGAGCGCUGUUACUUUCAAGUAGGUUUGGGUUUUGCUAGGUCAUUGUGGACGGGGAUGAUAGAUGGGCGUAAGCAUCUGAUUCCUAAGGUUGAAAGUUGAAAUCCAGUGAUGAUUUUAAUAUUUUUGUUUUAAGCCUAUCCCAAACCUUAACCCUUACCUUAGCCAUUCUGAGUUAAUGCAUAACCUUAAGAAUUUGGUGUUAAUGCCAAAACUUCUUUGACGUUUAGAAGAACUUAGAAAUGUUACGUUUGAGAAACACUGGAUGAAGGUCUAAUUCUGACGUGAGACUGUGAGUGCUGGUAGUCAUACACACACACACACAGGCUCACACCACACACACACACACACACACACACAGGAUCACACACACAGGCACACACACAAACACACACACAACACACACUCACUCUCACACACACACACACACCACAGGCUCACACACACGGUCACACACACACACAACACACACAGGCUCACCACACACACACACACACACACACACACACACACACACACACAGGUCACACACACAGGCUCACACACACACACACAACACCACACCACACCACUCUCACACACACACCACACACACACCCACAGGCUCACACACACACACAUCACACACACACACCACACACACACUCACACACACACACACACACACACACACACACACACACACACACACACAGGAUCACACACACACACACACACACAGGCUCACACACACCUCAGUUAGGUGAUGAGGAUGGACAACAUUGGAUAAAAAAAUCCAUUACAGGGUUCAAUGUCAACCGUGGGGCCGCAAGCCAAGCGGAGGGCCAUAAGACACACACCAGAACAAUAUCCCAGCGACAAGCUCUGAUUGCCAGCAGCCAGUAUCUCCUGCAUCCUGGACAGAUAGAGAGGACGUCCCUGGAAACCACAAACACACUCACACACACGCGGUACUGGGGUCCUGAGGAGAGAGAGGGCGCAGAGCAGAUGUCCUAGUGUGAUUGGCCAUCUCAGACACUGGGGGAAGAAUAUGGGUUUGUCUCUUAUGACCCACGUGGAAAACAAACCUGCUGUUAAUUUGGCUGAAUGCUUAUCAGGGAGAGCAGGGAGGUUACAUUCUCUCUCUCUCUCUCGCUCUCUCUCGCUCUCUCUCUCUCUCUCUCUCUCGCUCUCUCUUUCACUCAGUCUUUCUAUCUAUAUCUCUCUCUCUUUUUUAAAUUGUAAUUUAAGUGUACUUCCUGAAUUCACUGCAACUGAAAUGUAAUUUACAUCCUCAUUUAAAUCUUUAGUAGGAUACUUGAUACUGUGCACUCAAACACCUAACAGUGUUGUGGUGAACGACUCUGCUCCUGGACAGUUACUGGGAAUGCAGGCUUUUGUUCCAGCCCAUCACUAACAGAGGAAGUUUGAAUCAGCAAAAAAUAUGUUUACUGUGUGAAAAAAAAAAGAAAAGCUGAACAGCGAAGUCGUUUCAAAAUGUUCUCUUCAGUGUUAUUUCAACCAGACAUCCGGUUUGUGACCCCAUCCUGUCAAGUCUUUUAUGUGUCUCAAUCUGCUUAUCAGGGCAAAACAGAGCUCUCUCUUUAUCUCUGCCCCCCCCCCCCCCCCCCCCCCCCCCCCCCCCCCCCACACUAGGUCUCUCUCUUUCUCUCUCCUUUCUCACACACACACCAUCCCGUCCACUCAGUCCACACACUGUGGACUAUUGUUUUCUAACUCAUGAAUGUGUCUGAGUGUCAGAUGACGUGACUAAUGGAUAUGAUGUUAUUGUAGCGCUGUCUAGAUAGAUAAAUACUAGAUGGGUUAUUGUAGAGCUGUCUAGAUAGAUAAAUACUAGAUGGGUUAUUGUAGCACUGUCUAGAUAGAUACAUACUAGAUGGGUUAUUGUAGAGCUGUCUAGAUAGAUAAAUACGAGAUGGGUUUAUUGUAGAGCUGUCUAGAUAGAUAAAUACUAGAUGGGUUUUGUAGCACUGUCUAGAUAGCAUACAUACUAGAUGGGUUAUUGUAGAGCUGUCUAGAUAGAUAAAUACUAGAUGGGUAUUGUAGCGCUGUCUAGAUAGAUAAAUACUAGAUGGGUUAUUGUAGCACUGUCUAGAUAGAUAAAUACUAGAUGGGUUAUUGUAGAGCUGUCUAGAUAGAUAAAUACUAGAUGGGUUAUUGUAGAGCUGUCUAGAUAGAUAAAUACUAGAUGGGUUAUUGUAGAGCUGUCUAGAUAGAUAAAUACUAGAUGGGUUAUGUAGAGCUGUCUAGAUAGAUAAAUACUAGAUGGGUUAUGUAGAGCUGUCUAGAUAGAUAAUACUAGAUGGGUUAUUGUAGCGCUCUGUCUAGAUAGAUAAAUACUAGAUGGGUUAUGUAGCGCUGUCUAGAUAGAUAAUACUAGAUGGGUUAUUGUAGCGCCUUGUCUAGAUGAUAGAUUAAAUACUAGAUGGGUUAUUGUAGCGCUGUCUAUAUAGAUAAAUACUAGAUGGGUUAUUGUAGCGCUGUCUAGAUAGAUAAAUACUAGAUGGGUUAUUGUAGCGCUGUCUAGAUAGAUAAAUACUAGAUGGGUUAUUGUAGAGCUGUCUAGAUAGAUAAAUACUAGAUGGGUUAUUGUAGAGCUGUCUAGAUAGAUAAAUACUAGAUGGGUUAUUGUAGAGCUGUCUAGAUAGAUAAAUACUAGAUGGGUUAUUGUAGAGCUGUCUAGAUAGAUAAAUACUAGAUGGGUUAUUGUAGAGCUGUCUAGAUAGAUAAAUACUAGAUGGGUUAUUGUAGAGCUGUCUAGAUAGAUAAAUACUAGAUGGGUUAUUGUAGAGCUGUCUAGAUAGAUAAAUACUAGAUGGGUUAUUGUAGAGCUGUCUAGAUAGAUAAAUACUAGAUGGGUUAUUGUAGAGCUGUCUACAUAGAUAAUACUAGAUGGGUUAUUGUAGAGCUGUCUACAUAGAUAAAUACUAGAUGGGUUAUUGUAGAGCUGUCUAGAUAGAUAAAUACUAGAUGGGUUAUUGUAGAGCUGUCUAGAUAGAUAAAUACUAGAUGGGUUAUUGUAGAGCUGUCUAGAUAGAUAAAUACUAGAUGGGUUAUUGUAGAGCUGUCUACAUAGAUAAAUACUAGAUGGGUUAUUGUAGAGCUGUCUAGAUAGAUAAAUACUAGAUGGGUUAUUGUAGAGCUGUCUAGAUAGAUAAAUACUAGAUGGGUUAUUGUAGAGCUGUCUAGAUAGAUAAAUACUAGAUGGGUUAUUGUAGAGCUGUCUAGAUAGAUAAAUACUAGAUGGGUUAUUGUAGAGCUGUCUAGAUAGAUAAAUACUAGAUGGGUUAUUGUAGAGCUGUCUAGAUAGAUAAAUACUAGAUGGGUUAUUGUAGAGCUGUCUAGAUAGAUAAAUACUAGAUGGGUUAUUGUAGCGCUGUCUAGAUAGAUAAAUACUAGAUGGGUUAUUGUAGAGCUGUCUAGAUAGAUAAAUACUAGAUGGGUUAUUGUAGCGCUGUCUAGAUAGAUAAUUACUAGAUGGGUUAUUGUAGAGCUGUCUAGAUAGAUAAAUACUAGAUGGGUUAUUGUAGAGCUGUCUAGAUAGAUAAAUACUAGAUGGGUUAUUGUAGCGCUGUCUAGAUAGAUAAAUACUAGAUGGGUUAUUGUAGCGCUGUCUAGAUAGAUAAAUACUAGAUGGGUUAUUGUAGCGCUGUCUAGAUAGAUAAAUACUAGAUGGGUUAUUGUAGCGCUGUCUAGAUAGAUAAAUACUAGAUGGGUUAUUGUAGAGCUGUCUAGAUAGAUAAAUACUAGAUGGGUUAUUGUAGAGCUGUCUAGAUAGAUAAAUACUAGAUGGGUUAUUGUAGAGCUGUCUAGAUAGAUAAAUACUAGAUGGGUUAUUGCAGCGCUGUCUAGAUAGAUAAAUACUAGAUGGGUUAUUGUAGAGCUGUCUAGAUAGAUAAAUACUAGAUGGGUUAUUGUAGAGCUGUCUAGAUAGAUAAAUACUAGAUGGGUUAUUGUAGAGCUGUCUAGAUAGAUAAAUACUAGAUGGGUUAUUGUAGAGCUGUCUAGAUAGAUAAAUACUAGAUGGGUUAUUGUAGAGCUGUCUAGAUAGAUAAAUACUAGAUGGGUUAUUGUAGCGCUGUCUAGAUAGAUAAAUACUAGAUGGGUUAUUGUAGAGCUGUCUAGAUAGAUAAAUACUAGAUGGGUUAUUGUAGAGCUGUCUAGAUAGAUAAAUACUAGAUGGGUUAUUGUAGCGCUGUCUAGAUUGAUAAAUACUAGAUGGGUUAUUAUUAUAUAUGCUGUUUAGCAAAGCGACUUACAGUCAAGCGUGCAUACAUAUGUUUUAAGUAAUGGUGGCCCCGGGAAUUGAACCCACAACCCUAGCGGUGUAAGCACCAUGCUCUACCAACUGAGACAUACAGGACAAUAGAGCUCUCUAGAUCAGAGGUUCCCAAACCAUUUCACUCAAGACCCCCUUCCAGCAUUGGGGAAUGUCCCCCUAAAGGAUCCUCCAGGAACCUUUUCUUUUUAGAUUGUACUGUAUCCUAAUAGAAGCAUUUGCUGGGUUUUGACCAUCUGGCCCGGCUCCAAAGUUGGUGUCAAUUUUUUUAUUUAACCUUUAUUUAACUAGGCAAUUCAGUUAAGAACAAAUUCUUAUUUACAAUGACGGCCUACACCGGCCAAACCCGGAUGACGCUGGGCCAAUUGUGCGCUGCCCUAUGGGACUCCCAAUCACGGCCGGUUGUGAUACAGCCUGGAAUUGAACCAGGGGGUCUGUAGUGACGCCUCAAGCACUGAGAUGCAGUGCCUUAGACCGCUGUGCCACUCGGUCUAGAAACGCUUGAUAACAGAGACAUACACAGUGUCCUAAUUAUUUAAUGUAAAAAAAAUCACAUUCAUGGUUAUAUAUAUAUAUAUAUAUUAGGGGUGUAACGAUCCAUCUACUUCAUCGAUGUAUCGAUUUAUAUUCCUAUGAUCCAACUACAUCGAUCUGUGCUCGGUGAGUUGGCCUUUUGGACAACAUAUAUCGAUCUAACAUCGUUUUAAAAUGUAAUAAAUCGAUUGUAUCGAUACUAGGAAAUAACCCAUUGGAUUUAAGCACGUCAGACUUUAUAUGGAUGUUUUUUCUUAGCACUUUUAAUGAUAAAGGCUUUAAACAUUACUCGAUUCAGUCUGCCUAUCCGUGACGUCAUCGCGCCAGCAGCAGCGCAAAGGCGCCAAGACAACAAAACAUAGCAUGGCGGACGACAGAGGAGAAGCCGACGAGCGAGUAAUUAUCAAGCCACCAUUGCGGUCCUUACAAGAAACAGGAAUCUAGGAAACUUCACCUGCACUGUCCAGUAUCCAGGUAUUUAUUUCAGUCACACUGGUUGAAUUUUUGGCUAAAAGGUUACUGAAUCGAUUUCAAGUCACUGAAUCGUUUCGGAUCGUAUCGUUCUAAAUGAACCAAUAUCGUCCUUGAAUCGUAUCGACAACCACGAAUCGUGAUACAAAUCGAAUCGUUGUUAAAACGAAUCGUUACACCCCUAAUAUAUAUAUAUAUAUAUAUAUAUAUAUAUAUAUAUAUGUAUGUGUGUGUGUGUGUGUGUGUGUGUGUGUGUGUGUGUAAUAGUGCAAAUAUAAAAUAAACUGUGUAACGUCUUAUUAUUUUAGUUAUAAUGUGUAAUUCUUCUUUACGCACUCCCCUGCUCGCUGAAUAAGAUGAAAGGCUCAGAUAGUGUCUGGUUAAUUAAUCAGCCAUAGAUGACACUCAGUGUGUGUAUUGGCCUGUAACCAGCCACAAAACCCUAUCUUAUGUAUCAUAUACACCUCUCCACCUGUGGAAAAACUGGAGAGACCGUAAGAAGUCGAAACCUUCCCAAUCCUAAAGGAUACUCUGGGAACCUUUUGUUUUUAGAGUGUAUACUGAAACUAUUACCUUUGACUGCAAAACAAAAUAAAACAAAAUAAAAACCAUCAUAACCAUCAUUUUUUUCUUUAUUUUUUUUUUCUAAUGGGGUUUUUGAGCUUCUAAAUCUGGCUGGUAAAUGCUGCCAGUAUACUUUCAAAAUAAAAGGUUCCUGGAGCAUCCUUUAGGGGUUCUUCAAAUUGAAACUGUGGGGGAACCCCUAUAAGUUCUUCGAAGAACCCUUUAAAAGGGUUCUUCAAAGAACCCCUUUUAAUGGAUACUUGAAGAACCUUUUGAAGAACCUUUUGGGGUAAAAUUUUUUAACUACCCCUCCUCCCCUAUUAUUAUUAUUAAUAAUAAUACACAUAACUAUAACACAAUAUUUUUUGUUCUCAGUGUUCAUUAUGAUUUUAGUGGCAAAGCAGAAUAAAAAAAUCAAAAUAUGAGGUAAACUCCCAGCAGAGCCCCAAGUCCAAUGGGUAUAUCCUCUGGCGUGUUGAUGUUAAUGUAUUGAUGUUCUCCGUAUCCAUAGCCAGAAUGAUUUUGCAGUGCAUGGUGAUCAAACAGGUUUCCUGUUAUAUUCAUCAGAGGUGUAGGGAGGGUGAAGUCAGUGAAUCCAAAAACGUGUAAUUACACAGAUGAUUAACAAAACAUGCACACGACACAAAAGUAUUCAUACCUUGGUUUUUGGGGUAAAUGUGAAUGAAAAAAACUGUUUUGAUAAUGGUUUUCAUACACAUACACAUAAGGGAGGAGGAUGGUAAAUGUGAUCUGCAUAACAUACCAAUACCAAUUGACUUUUUAUGCCUCCUCGUCUGUAUACCUCUAGACACAGCCACAAAAGUGAGCAGUUCAGUCAUCUGCACCCAAUACAGCCUUCAACAUAUUCUUAUAGCCGACAUAUUCUCACCUCUUUGUUGAUUGAAUUGUGUCCUUUUUCUUUUUUUUUUAGAAUGAUUUGCACAAAUAUGAAAAGAUUGAUGGUAUCAUCAUAAAACAAUGUGAAUUUAGAUCAUACAAGGGACAAACCUUACCUUAAAUUGAGGAGAUCUUUACAUUUUUCAGUUAAGUGCCUGCACUUGCUGUCCUUUCAAAUUCAAAUCUAAAUGUUUCAGUUGGGCAGUUAGGUUCCUGCAAGAACCCCCACCUCCUAUGGGAUUCUUGGAAGAACGUUUUGGGGGAAAUGUUCAGUGCCAAGAACCCUUUUAUUUUAAAACAAUUUUCUUUCACCUUUAUUUAACCAGGUAAGCCAGUUGAGAACAAGUUCUCAUUUACAACUGCGACCUGGCCAAGAUAAAGCAAAGCAGUGCGAUAAAAACAACAACACAGAGUUACAUAUGGGGUAAACAAAACAUAAAGUCAAAAAUACAACAGAAAAUAUAUAUACAGCAUAUACAGCAAAUGUAGUAAGUUAUGGAGGUAAGGCAAUAAAUAGGCCAUAGUGCAAAAUAGUUACAAUUUCGUAUUAACACUGGAAUGAUAGAUGUGCAAAGGAUGAUGUGCAAAUAGAGAUACUGGGGUGCAAAUGAGCAAAAUAAAUAACAAUAUGGGCAUGAGGUAGUUGGGUGGGCUAAUUUCAGAAUGGCUGUGUACAGGUGCAGUGAUCGGUAAGCUGCUCUGACAACAGACGCUUAAAGUUAGUGAGGGAGAUAAGAGUCUCCAGCUUCAGAGAUUUUGGCAGUUCGUUCCAGUCAUUGGCAGCAGAGAACUGGAAGGAAUGGCGGCCAAUGGAGGUGUUGGCUUUGGGGAUGACCAGUGAGAUAUACCUGCUGGAGCGCAGACUACGGGUGGGUGUUGCAAUGGUGACCAGUGAGCUAAGAUAAGACGGGGAUUUGCCUAGCAGUGAUUUAUAGAUGACUAGGAGCCAGUGGGUUUGGCGACGAAUAUGUAGUGAGGGCCAGCCAACAAGAGCGUACAGGUCACAAUGGUGGGUAGUAUAUGGGGAUUUGGUGACAAAACGGAUGGCACUGUGAUAGACUACAUCCAAUUUUCUGAGUAGAGUGUUGGAGGCUAUUUUGUAAAUGACAUCGCCGAAGUCAAGGAUCGGUAGGAUAGUCAGUUUUACGAGGGCAUGUUUGGCAGCAUGAGUGAAGGAGGCUUUGUUGCGAAAUAGGAAGCUGAUUCUAGAUCUAACUUUUGAUUGGAGAUGCUUAAUGUGAGUCUGGAAGGAGAGUUUACAGUCUAACCAGACACCUAGGUAUUUGUAGUUGUCCACAUACUCUAGGUCAGACCCGCCGAGAGUAGUGAUUCUAGUCUGGUGGGCUUGUGCAAGCAGCGUUCGGUUGAAGAGCAUGUUUUACUAGUGUUUAAGAGCAGUUGGAGGAUACAGAAGGAGUGUUGUAUGGCAUUGAAGCUCGUUUGGAGGUUUGUUAACACAGUGUCCAAUGAAGGGCCAGAUGUAUACAAAAUGGUGUCGUCCGCAUAGAGGUGGAUCCGAGCGUCACCAGCAGCAAGAGCGACAUCAUAUACACAGAGAAUAGAGUCGGCCCGAGAAUUGAACCCUGUGGCACCCCCAUAGAGACGGCCAGAGGUCCAGACAACAGGCCCUCCGAUUUGACACAUUGAACUCUAUCUGAGAAGUAGUUGGUGAACCAGGCGAGGCAGUCAUUAGAGAAACCAAGGCUAUUUAGUCUGCCAAUAAGAAUGCGAUGGUUGACAGAGUCGAAAGCCUUGGCCAGGUCAAUGAAGACGGCUGCGCAGUACUGUCUUUUAUCGAUCGCAGUUAUAAUAUCGUUUAGGACCUUGAGCGUGGCUGAGGUGCACCCAUGACCAGCUCGGAAACCAGAUUGCAUAGCGGAGAAGGUAUGGUGGGAUUCGAAAUGGUCGGUGAUCUGUUUGUUAACUUGGCUUUCAAAAUACUUUCGAAAGGCAGGGCAGGAUGGAUAUAGGCCUGUAACAGUUUAGAUCUAGAGUGUCACCCCCUUUGAAGAGGGGGGGGGGGGGGCGGGGGGGGGGCAUGGGCAAGUUGCAGCGGAGGGUGCAGAGCCGGUGGCCGGGGUAGUGGUAGCCAGGGGGAAAGCAUGGCCAGCCAUAGCAAAAUGCUUGUUGAAAUUCUCGAUUAUUGUACAUUUAUCGGUGGUGACAGUGUUUCCUAGCCUCAGUGCAGUGGGCAGUUGGGAGGAGGUGCUCUUAUUUUCCAUGGACUUUACAGUGUCCCAAAACUUUUUGGAGUUAGUGCUACAGGAUGCAAAUUUCUGUUUGAAAAAGCUAGCCUUUGCUUUCCUAACUGAUUGUGUAUAUUGGUUCCUGACUUCCCUGAAAAGUUGCAUAUCGCAGGGGCUGUUCGAUGCUAAUGCAGUACGCCACAGGAUGUUUUUGUGCUGGUCAAGGGCAGUCAACCCUAAGGUUCUUCGAAGAACUUUGAGGAUCUUAGAAGAACCCUUGUUUAACCCCUCAUUUUUAGAGUGUAGAUGCCAAUGUUUCAAAUAGGCCUAGCUUGUGCAUCACUUUCACUAGCUAUCAGUAGCUAACAAUUAAGAAAUCUGAGGGCGAGCACGGAGCGUAACUGGGCCAAGCUAGAACAGCUUGUGAAGUUGCUGGAGCCUUUAGCAAUCCACACCGACCAACUUCAAACUGACAGCCAGUCGCUGUCUUGAUGUGGUGCCGUGCCUUUUCAACCUUGAGGCACACUUUCAGUCAACUACAGUUGCAAAACAGUUGGCACAGGUCCUCCUGAAGUCAUGAGCGCUUCGUAUGCAUGCUGAAUCAUCUGGCAGCCAACUUCGAUCCAACCUCUGAAGCAGCUUGCCUGAUGGACCCAAUUGUAUCUCUGGCACUUCACUCAACAGAGAUGGAGCCACUGAUGAGAGUAUUUUGUGACUUCAGCAAAUCAGAGAGUACAGCCAUGGAGCAGCAGGACCCCAGGAAGAUGCCAGGACGAUUAGUCCAGCAAGCAUCUCGACCACAGUGCUUCAGAAAUAUAGCUUCCUCGCAUCGAAGAUUGUGUCUACAGAGUCACCUCUCCAGUUCUGGCAGGCAAGGAUGGUUGUUUAUAGAGGUUUUCAUGGGUCCAAAAAGUUUGACCUGUUCCUAAAGGGACCUGGGGCUUCCCACCCGGACGCGAUAUGCAUAAAUUGGCAUGACAGGAUGCAGGGGAGGGGCUGUAGCCUACUGUGAGCGAGUGACACGGGCAGCAGGGAGCAGGGAGGGAGAGACUAGAGACAGCAACCAACCAACAAGUGGACUCACACUAUAGUAGACUAAUAGCUGCCGUAGCUAGGUUAUUUAUCAUCCAAUAUGAUUACGUAGCACCUACCUGUCUUGACUGCAUCAAACCGAGAGAUGCAAGUUAAGAUAGCUAACGUUAGCUAGCUAGGCUAAUUGGGGCUGCAGUGCAUACGAUUCCUCAUCCUACAGUUACACAUAACAACAACUCCAUUCAGAAUAUUAAGCAGCAGCCUACCUGUUGGCUCUUGGUUGUUGAAGCCUAUCCUUCACCUUUAACUUUUAAUUCCAUCAUUUUAAUUCCAUCUUCCAUUCAUUAGAUAUCUCCUAACUUUUGCCACACAUGGAGGCUCAAUGACCGUAGCCUAUUGCAGCUUUGCUGACUUGUGAUUGGCCAACAACAACAAGCUCCAUGCACCACACUGGGAAAAGCAAGAGCAGCAGCAUAAAUUAUAAAAUCUCUCUCUCUCUCUCUCUCUCUCUCUCUCUCUCUCUCUCUCUCUCUCUCUCUCUCUCUCUCUCUCUCUCUCUCUCUCACUCUCUCUCUCUCUCUCUCUCUCUCUCUCUCUCUCUCUCUCUCUCUCUCUCUCUCUCUGAGUCACGUUCGGAUCUGUACAGGCCCUUCUGGACAAGACAGUUAAAAUUACACAUACCCGAGACCCGUGACAAUCAUAUCCGAUCUGACCCAGACCCGUGACAUUAUUUAGAAUUCUAGAUCUGGACCCAUUAUGGAACACAAACCAUAAAUAGCAGUUUAAACCUGGAGCCUGGCGUACGGUUCAUGACGACUGGACCGUUGUCAUCACAGUUCCUUGAUUACUGAGGAUUAUUUGGGUAGAUUAAAAGGACUACUGUUCAACCACUAUUGUACACUUUUCUCAUUUUCCAAUAAUUAAUGGAUUGAAAAAUGUAAUAUGGCAACUUUCACGAUGAAUCAAACCACUAUAUCUUUUAUUCACCAAUAUAUUUUGUGCGUAAAGGCUCUCCAAACCAGUUUUUUAUUGCUAUUCAUAAAUACAUUCCUAACCCUACAUAAUAUACAAUAUCAGACCAUUUUUUAUCUACCAAUUGAUGCUGAAAAGGAGAAGAAUAUGUGUGCAUUUACAUGGCUUUCUUUCAUUGAGCCCUAAUAUUCUUAACCGUUCUCUCCAUAUAUUACAGUGAGUCUGUCAAGAAAAUCUGAAUUAAAAGGUACAGCAAAUUUUAAAAGGAUGGCUUUAGAUAAAUGUACUGAAAAUCCUAGAAAUCCACUUUUUCAAGCUCAAAGACGAUGGCCAGAGCGUGCCCAUGAUGUUGCCCAAUGGGUUAAAGGUAGACUCAGCGAUAUGACCUAGAUGCAGAAAGUAAACAGCAUAGUGGGUCAAAUUUCCGCAACAGCUAAGAGCGUUGAAGCGUAAUGCUCAACUUCUCCGCUGUUUUGGUGCCCUGGCUACCACGAUGUAACAGCGUGAAGCGAAGCCGUGCAACAUGUGCAGAUACUGUGUGUGUGUGACUGUGAGAGCGAAGUCUUGCAAACCUCGCUCAUCUCAAUAUCUGCAGUUCUGCUCGUGGCAACUUCAUUUAGCCGAAUCUAGGUUUAAGUCAAUAAAUAAUAGUUUUAGUCAAACGUAUGAUAUAUUUGAAGUGACAAAUUUGAACUGCCCACUUCGUGCAAAUCCGUGUGACCUCUCCAGUUCAGGUUCGUGCACGUGUUACUGUAACGGCAAAACACCCCGGUGCCUGCUGGUUGUAGUUGCACAGAGCUGGAUACCCCUGUCUGAAGGAGGAUUCACGUUUCUUGGAUUUAGCUAUACCAGCUGUAAGCCUACUAUUAUUUCCUGUGAUAUGAUGCACACAUUCUUUUCAUCCUGCCUUUUGUUUUCAGAGGGCUGGGUUUUGUUUUGAAUGUUACCACCCACCAGCACGACACUGUUUAUUAAUCAGAAACCGCUGCAAAGUUAUUCCUCUUCGUGACUGAGAUGAGCCAAACAGCCUUGUGUCCACUUGGCCGCCUGGAGGAAAUUAAAAUAGGGGGUGCAAACUUAUGUUUUUUCACCAACAGAAAAUUAUCAUAAUCCAUUGGAUAAUUUAUGAAUUUUCACUCAUUUUUUGAGCUAGUCUGUAUUAAAAAUAUAGAUAUCUGACCAGUUUAUAAAUUCUAUAAUUGUGUAAUAUGAUAGCAUUUUGCAAACCCGCUCCACCCAUCACCCCAAGAUGAAUGGUUUUGACCACCAAAAUGUUGCUUCUCUACACACUCCACUGCUUUGAUUGGUGUAAUGUUAGCUAAAAACCACAGGUGUCUAUCCAGAUAAUGAAAAGGCUUUUCAUACACAUAGCUUGUCCACAAUGUAGAGGACUAUGGGAUAUUCAUUGAAGAGGUAAGGGAGGAGGAUGGUAAAUAAUAAUAAUAUACCAAUACCAAUUGACAUACCUUUGUAUGACUCCUCGUCUUUAUACAUGCAGACAGACACAAAAGAGGGCAGUUCAGUCAUCUGCACCCAAUACAGCUAGCCUUCAACAUUUUCGUCAUUUAGCAGACGUUCUUAUCCAGAGCAACUUACAGUUAGAGAAUACAUAUUUUUUUAUACUGGCCCCCCAUGGGAAUCGAACCCGCAACCCUGGCGUUGCAAACGCCAUGCUCUAUCAACUGCUCUACAUCCCUGCCAGCCAUUCCCUCCCCUACCCUGGACGACGCUGGGCCAAUUGUGCGACGCCCAUGAGUCUCCCGGUCGCGGCCGGCUGCGACAGAGCCUGGAUUCAAACCAGGAUCUCUAGUGGCACAGUUAGCACUGUGAUGCAGUGCCUUAGACCACUGUGCCACUCAGGAGGCUCAGGAGGCUCAACAUAUUCUUAUAGCAUACAUAUUAUUACCUCUUUGUUGAUUGAUAUCCAUUGAAUUGUGUCCAUUUUCUGUUUUAGAAAGAUUUGGACAAAUAUAAAAAGAUAGAUAAAACAAUAUCAAUUUCAGUCAUACAAAACUUACCUUAAAUUGAGGAGAUCUUUACAUUUUUCAGUUAAGUGCCUGCACCUGGUGUCCUUUCAAAUCCAAAUGUUUCACUUGGGCAGUUAGGUUCCUGCAAGAACCCCCCCACCAACUAAGGAGGUUCUUUAAUUGCUCCUGUAAAUCGCUCUGGAUAAGAGCGUCUGCUAAAUUACAAAAAUGUUUUUUUUAAUGUAGGGUAUAGGGUGCAUUUUGGGACGUAGCCAGGCGGUGCUGCUGAUAUCCUAUCCAGUGGUUCUGUGUGGUGGCUGCUGUCCAAUGAGAUGAAUCCUUGUGAAGAGUUCUGUGUGUGAAUAAAUUAAUUUGUAAAAAUAUAUCAAAUAUCAAUCGACACAAAUCAUAUACUUAAAAGGAAAUAACCCAGUAUUAUGUAGUAGCUGUAGCCUUGUGGGUAAAUUAAUAAACAAGUUGGUAAAAGUGUGUUGCUGCACUCCAGUAGCACAAUUAUACAUCACAGAGCCGUUGGUUGAAGCCCAUUAAACAGGAUUGACUAUACACACACACACACACACACACACAUACUGGCCGACGUAAUCACACCACACACACAAACACUUGGCCAACGUAAUUACCGCCACUGAUUUGCAACAAGCAAGGGGCCGCUGUAAAUCCGUGGCCAUUAUAAUUGAAGUAUGAUGCGAAAUGGAAUUUACUGUACCGCUUCUCCUUGAGGCCGCCAGGCAGGCGAUAAAUUGUCACGCCCGCCACCAGUGGCGUAGAUGUCCCUGAUGUACUGCGCUCUUUCACCGCGAUCCCUAAAUCUUACCGGGUGGAACAGGCACGAGGUGAGAGGGCAUCUCUCAUCGAGACACCAGACCCUGGUUUUACGAACCACAUUUUCACAGAACAACAGACAUUGUUUAACCGAAGUAUGACACGAACAUUAGUAUUUUGCCUCUGUUAUCAUUAGGGUGAUUCACAGAGCAGUGAGUCAGCCAAAACUACUGGGCCCGUAUUCAUAAAGCUUCUCAGAGUAGGAGUAGGAGUAGGAGUCUAGGAUCAGGUCCCCCCCUUAUUCAUUAGCCUAGGAUUUAAAAUGCAAAACCUAUCCCUAGCCAGGACCAGUGUCAACUGUCAAGUCUCCUCUUCUGUUCUGGUAACCUAAAACGACACACACUCACACUCUCUCUCUCUCUCUCUCUCUCUCUCUCUCUCUCUCUCUCUCUCUCUCUCUCUACCAGCUCAACUUGGUUAGUUGUGUUCUCUCCAUCACAAGUUGUGGUGGACUUGGGAGAUUUAGAAUGCAACUGUAUGUCUGCCUGCCUGCCUGCCUGUCUGUCUGUCUGUCUGCCUGUCUGCCUGUCUGCCUGUCUGUCUGCACGUGCUGUGUGAGUCUGUGAGAGCGCUACAGGUAUUUAUCCUCUGUCUGUCCGACUCACUCACUCAUUCACUAAACGAGACGUCAAAAACACAUCAGAGAGAGAGGGGGGGGGGGGGGGGGGGGAGGGGGGGUGAAAGAGAGGUAGGGAGAGAGAGAGAGAGAGACAGAGAGAGAGAGAAGGAGCUGCUGUCCACGCGCCCAAACUCGCAGCCUCUUCCUCUUCCACCAUCUCACUCAUUUUUGGAAAGAGAGGGAACAUGAGAACGAAGAAGAAUACAGACUACUGAGUGUUUUUCUGUCAUCCAACUGACCGAAGAGACUACUUGACCUGUGGCCACAGAGACUGGAGUGUGUCCGGUCUCCCUGUAUGUUUGGACCUCUACUGUAAAUAUGGGAAGGAAGACGACAUGGAAGUAUUAUUGUGGUGACGUUUUAGGAGGCGUUCUUCCUAUUCUGAAAGGCCAGUGUUUUUGUUUAUCGGCGGUGUUUGUCUGUUUGUUGUUGUUGUUUUCUUCUGUCAGAGCAGAGUAUGAGUGUCCGUUAUCCUGUAUCUGUGCCAGAGACUCCGGGACAGUGACCUGCCAUGACAGAGAGGACACCGAGUUACCGGGAGACAUACCGGCGUGGGCAACCACAUUAAUACUCAGGGGGAACAACAUCUCAACCUUACCGGGUGGAGCGUUCUCCUCGAAUAACGGUACGGAGCUCGACCUAACGACCCUCUCACUAUCACAUAAUGGAAUCAUGGUGAUCGAGGCUGACGCUUUCACAGGACUCCCACGGUUGCAUUUGCUGGAUUUGAGCCACAAUCGGUUGGUGUACAUCUCAGACCGAGCGUUUCACAGUCUGCAGGAGCUCCGCUCUCUUUCCCUGAAUGACUCUCUCCUUGAGCCGGCUGUGGCGCAGCUCUCCAAUGCGCUGCAUGGAGAACAUUUAUGCAACCUCCACCGGCUGGAGCUAUCUGGCAACCGGUUGAAAACCCUACCCAUUGCAAGGUUGGAUGCAUUCAACCUCCACACUUUAGUUUUAACCAAUAACUCAAUCGAGAACAUUGGUAAAGAGAACGUCUCCAGUUUGUACCAUCACAAGCAAGUGCGCAUCUAUUUAUCACUAAACCCGUUCAGGUGUAACUGUGAGCUGGAGUCGUUCUACUUCUGGUUAAAGAACUCUUCUCAGUGCGUGGACGCUGCGCGCCUCCAGUGCGCGGAGCCUGAUGCCAAGAAGGGGAUUCCACUAGAGCGGUUACGCGGCGAGGAUGUGGAUUGUCUCAAUGAGAACUUGGAGGCGGUGUCCUACGUGUUCCUAGGGAUAGUCCUGGCGCUGAUCGGGAUAGUGUUCCUCAUGGUGCUCUAUCUAAACCGGAGAGGAAUCAAACGGUGGCUCAACAACAUCCGCGAUGCGUGCCGCGACCAGAUGGAAGUCUACCAUUACCGGUACGAGCAGGACUCUGAUCCCCGGUUGGCUAACGUCGCCGUUUAA